AUGAGUCAAUCUCCCAUAGCUAGUCGGAAGAAGAAUAGUCCACCAUCACAAACCACAGAUACCUCACAAAUCCCAGUUGAUUCAUUAGAAACCAUACGAAAUAAACUAAAUCAAGUUCAUUUAUCAUUACGAAAAUUAAGUGAUCAAAUAAAUCUUCAUAAUAGACAUCCCAAUAAAGUGAAAUUACCUAGUUAUGCCCAUUUCCAAAAUCAAUUCCAAGUGUUGAUCACUCAAUUACAUUCGAUUGCCACUAAUAUAAGUAAUAAUGAUGAAUUACUUCAAAAUACGAAUGUUUAUCCCACACCAUUAUUUCCAACUACUCAACAAGAAGCAUUAUUAACAACUUUAUUAAGAAAGAAAGCAUUGCCUGAAGUAGAUGAAUGGACAGAAAGUGCCAUUAAAACUAGAGAUUUGAUGAGUAGUAAUGGGACGAAUAAUUUACAAAAGGAAGAUGAAUUUGCUGAAUGGAGUUUUGCUAAAGUUAAAGAAUUACGAGAUUCAUUUCAAUUUUAUGGAUUUCAUACGGUUGAAGAAUUAACUUAUUUAGAAACUGAUGAAGGUAAACGUGAAGCUCAUUUAAAGAAAGAUGCUGAAAGUAAGAAAGAUGAUAUUGAAUUAAGUAUCACUGCUGGUGGUAAGAAAGGUUUAAAUCCAAAUCAAGUAUUAAAAUUUAUGUAUCAAGGAGAAUUAUGA